AUGGGUUGUAGCAGUUCUUCAACAGGAAACAAGAAAUCUGAGAAAAUGUUAAAAGCCACCUUGGUCAUCCAGAACUGGUACCGAGGUUACAGAGCUCGGCUGAAGGCCAGACAACACUAUGCCCUUGCCAUCUUCCAGUCCAUCGAAUAUGCUGAUGAACAUGGUCAAAUGCAGUUAUCCAAUUUCUUUACCUUCAUGUUGGAAAACUAUUCACGAGCACGUAAGGAAGAUCCAGAACUUGUAAGUCGGCUUUUUGAAAGCACCUUCCAGGAUAUCAAGGAUAGACAGGAGUAUGUAGGGUUGAUAGAUGUACCGGACUCUUAUGAAGGCCCUCGCCUGGAAUUUCCUCUCACUUUUACUGACAUCAAUCACCUUCUUGAGGCCUUUAAGCAACAACAGAUACUUCAUGCUCAUUAUGUCUUAGAGGUGUUAUUUGAAACCAGGAAACUCCUGAAGCAUAUGCCGAAUUUCACUCAUGUAAAAACUUCUCCCUCCAAAGAGAUAACAGUCUGUGGUGAUUUACAUGGGAAACUGGAUGACCUUUUUUUGAUCUUCUAUAAGAACGGUCUCCCGUCGGGGAACAACCCGUAUGUUUUUAAUGGUGAUUUUGUAGAUCGAGGCAGUAACUCCAUAGAGGUCCUCAUGAUCCUGCUUGUGAGUUUUCUUGUCUACCCCAAUGACCUGCACUUGAACAGAGGGAAUCAUGAGGAUUUUAUGAUGAAUAUGAGGUAUGGCUUCACAAGAGAAAUCUUGUUUAAAUACAAGCUGCAUGGAAAAAAAAUCUUGCAAAUCUUGGAAGAAGUCUAUACCUUGCUCCCAAUUGGUACAAUUAUUGACAAUGAAAUUCUGGUGAUACAUGGCGGGAUAUCAGAGUCCACAGAUUUAAAUUUACUCCACCGCCUACAGAGAAGCAAAAUGAGAUCUGUGCUGAUGCCACCAGUGUCAAUAAAUAGAGGCCAUGCCACCGACUCUAAGAAAAGUAAAGGGGACAUUACUGUUACUUCAUCAGGAAAAGUCAAAUCAAAUGGUUUCCCUUCUCAAGAGUUAUCAAAGCAUGAAUGGGAACAGGUUGUUGACAUUCUGUGGAGUGACCCCAGAGGAAGAAAAGGCUGUUAUCCAAACACAAGUCGAGGAGGAGGCUGCUAUUUUGGACCAGACGUUACCUCUAAGAUUCUCAAUAAAUACCAGUUGAAGAUGCUCAUUAGGUCUCAUGAAUGUAAGCAUGAUGGGUAUGAAAUCUGCCAUGAUGGGAAGGUUAUUACCAUAUUUUCUGCUUCUAAUUAUUACGAAGAAGGCAGCAAUCGAGGAGCUUACAUCAGACUGAGUUAUGGUAUGAACCCACGAUUUUUCCAGUACCGAGUAACUAGUUCAACAUGCAUGAGCCCUCUUCACCAAAGGGUACAUACUAUGGAAACUAGUGCCAUCAGGAUAUUAAAAGAGAGAAUAAUUUCACGAAAAACUGACCUCAUGCAUGCUUUCCAACUUCGAGACCACAGUCGAUCAGGAAAAAUUUCAAUAGCCCAAUGGGCUUUUUCUAUGGAGAGCAUUUUGGGGCUGAACUUACCAUGGAGAUCUCUGAGUUUGCAUCUGGUAAACAUAGACAAAAAUGGAAAUGUAGACUACAUGUCCAGCUUCCAGGAUGUCCACAUUGAAAAACCUGUGAAAGAGGUCCAAUCUACUCUAAUUGAAACUCUAUACAGAUACCGAUCUGACCUGCAAAUCAUAUUUAAUGUCAUUGACUCUGAUCACUCAGGCCUGAUCUCCAUGGAAGAAUUUCGGGCCAUGUGGAAACUUUUCAGGACUCACUACAACGUUGAUAUUGAUGAUUCCCAAGUUGAUGAGCUUGCCAAUAUAAUGGACUUAAACAAAGAUGGAAGCAUUGACUUUAAUGAGUUUUUAAAGGCUUUCCAUGUAGUGCAUAAAUAUGAGAAGUUGAACACAUCAAAUGCCAAGUUUGCUAACUAUAAAUGAAAGCUUCCCUCAGGCUCCUUGUAAACAGCUGAACUCAAAUCACAAUCUUUUCCAGGACCACCGAAAUUCAUAGUCAGUAAUCGAGAAUAAUAGAUCCCAAUUCCCAUCAUAAACAGACACAGUAUGGGUGUCAGAAGCCCUUAGCAAACUAUAAUUGGUAGACUAGGUUAAAUAUCAGCUGAUAAGAUUUGCCUCUAAUAUUGGAACUCACCCAUUGCCAUUGAGAAGCUGGGUUUGAGCCUAGUGUUGGUCUCUUGGAUGCCACCUAAUUGGGAGACCGGAGCAGUUUGGAAACAUCCUGAAAGGAACCCACAGAGCACCAGAGAGAACUAUUAAGUUCAACAACUGUAACUGAGGGAUGGGAGGAGGAAUACCAAGCUACUAAUGGAAUAAACUAUUUCCAUCCUUAAAUUGUAAUCUUUUUUGGAGAUUCCAUA